GGCACUAGGAGUUCAGUCAGGGCAGUGCGGAUUGGGAAACGUUACUCCUAAGACAGGGGGAUUUCCUCCAGAGACAACGUCUGCGUCUCCACAGCAGUUGAUCCCUGUGAAAGAGAGUGCAUUGACUGAUGGCUGACUCAGAAACCAAUCCUGAGUCUUCUGAGGCCCCGCCGCCAGUUACUAAACCUCCUGAGCCACAGCCUCCUGUCGCUCAACCGCCUGGGGCACAGCCUGCUACCACCUUUCCAGCUGAAGCCUAUCCGUAUGGAGCCUACCCUCCUGGUGCUUUUCCACCUGGUGCAUACCCUCCUAAUGCCUACCCGCCAGGAGCCUACCCACCUGGGGCAUACCUGCCUACUGCCCAGCAGCCUGUCAUCCAAGCACCUGGGGUCUACGGCAAUCAAGCUCCUCUUGGACCAGGAGGUAUUCCAUUGAUGCCAAUGCCAGCUGGGAUCCCAAAUUGCCCACCAGGUCUGGAGUAUCUCACGCAGGUAGACCAGCUUCUGGUUCAUCAGCAGGUGGAGCUGUUGGAAGUCUUAACUGGAUUUGAGUCCAACAACAAAUAUCAGAUUAAGAACAGUCUUGGCCAACUGGUCUAUUUUGCUGCUGAGGAAAAUGACUUCUGCAAUCGGAACUGCUGUGGGAACCUCCGUUCCUUUGACAUGAAGAUUCUUGACAAUUUAGGACAGGAAGUGAUUAAUCUGUACCGCCCGUUGAGAUGUGCUGGCUGCUGCUGUCCGUGUUGCUUACAGGAGCUGGAAGUGAGGGCACCACCAGGUGAGCCAAUUGGAUAUGUUAUCCAAACAUGGGACAUAUGUCUGCCAAAAUUCACCAUUCAAAAUGAGAAGAAGGAGCCUGUUUUGAAGAUUGUUGGUCCUUGCUGUAUCUGCAACUGCUGUAGUGAUAUUGAUUUUAAGGUUACAAAUCUUGAUGAAAGUGAAACAGUUGGGAAAAUCUCAAAGCAGUGGACCGGACUCACAAGAGAGGCUUUCACGGAUGCCACUAACUUUGGGAUCCAGUUCCCCAUGGAUUUGGAUGUUAAGAUGAAAGCAGUAAUGCUGGGUGCCUGCUUUCUGAUUGAUUAUGUGUUCUUUGAGAAAAAUAACUGAACAAGGAUCUAACUAUGGAGCCGUGUCUUAGAUUGAAACCAAUAAGGGAUCGAGGAAGGGACAUCUUUAACUCUUCCACCUUCACUCAAGAUGUGCUAAUGAUGGGUCUCCUUCAUGGUUUUUAGAAUGCCAAUUAUGAAAGCAUGUUACAGAUGUGCUGACCUUCUUGAACCGACCAGACCUCCAAAGGCUGUGAUGUCUUUGAUGCUGAAAACCGUACUAAUUUUAGAGGCAGUGCAAAUCCCUGGGAUGCAACAUCUUUUCGGCUCAAAGCACAACCAGUUUUCCUGUUUGUGAACUGAAAUGGACUUAAGUUAGUAAAAGUGAGUAAGCUGCAUAAUAAUGGAUUGCUAUCCCCUUUGACAUGUUGUUCCCACUAUGUGCACUUUACAGGCAAUGCUCCACAGCAGGAAUGAGAAAGCUAAAAACAUAUCCUGGAAAGUUUGACAAGCUUAUCUGUGUCAGAAAACCAGAUGGUGUACCCAAGGCAGAACUCUCCCUUUCCAGCUAUUCCAAACAAAAAAAGAAGGAAGUGUCAUUUAGGGAAGCAAUUUGUAAUAGAAUAUAACAUAUAUAUUUGAAUGAUAUAAUUCAUUUUAGAGUACAGUAUAUUUUCAAACAAAAAUAUAUAAUGCCUGCACAGUGAUCAAUUGUGCAAAUGUGGUUUAUGAACAGAAGUCUUUCAUUUACUACAGAUGGAUUAACAGACCUGUGUGAAAAACUGACUUUCUGUACUGAAUAUUCCUCUAUUACGACAAGAUGAUAAUAAAUCAAU